GUCAGGCCGACAAGGAUUAGCCAAUCAGAGGACUUUAAAAAGGAGUCCGGCAGGAGAGGACCAUCACAGAGCAGAAACUGACCGCACAUCAGACUUCAGACUCAGAACCUCUGCAGAAGUAAUCACUCGAAAUGGCAGACGUAGCCGUUGCAGCUCCGGUCGACAAGAGGGCACCGCCCAAAUUCAAGCAGAGGACUGCUCGCACCUUCAAGAGCAAGGCUCCCAAACCAGGCCAGAAGGGAUUCGGAGACGACAUUCCCGGCAUGGAGGGUCUGGGCACCGACAUCACCGUGGUCUGCCCAUGGGAAGCCUUCGGGGACAUGGAGCUGAGCGACCUGGCCAAAUAUGGAAUAGUUUAGUCCCUGUUCCUCUGACCCUGGUCCUCGUCCACCCGUAGACACACGAGCCACGUGUUGUUAAACUGUUAAACGUCUGCUGCCUGAGUGCUUUAGUAAAAGGAAACUUCCAAAUGAAGAGAUUUGAACAAAAACCCAGCACUUUUACCUGAUGAAUGCACUUUACCGUUCGCUCCUCACCCUCUGACUCACCCCUGCCUUGUCUCCCCGACCCAAGCUUUUUAACAAUAGUAAUGAAAGGGAUUUAUUUUGUUGGAAGGAAACGUCGAACCAGAACGUCAGUGAGAAAUAAAUGUUUAUAUUUUCCCAGA